UACAAAAUUAAACUAAAAUAAGAAAAUUGUCAAUACCCGAUAAAGACAAAUUCGCCAUCUUCCUUCGUUGUCGAUUCUUCUUCUUCAUCUUCUAUAUCACGCGAAGUCAUCGAAGCCCAUUCAAACUCACAUCACAAAUUCCACUCUUUUUGAUGAAAGAGUUUCUUCUUCUUGUUGUGGUCUCUUUGGCCUUUCGAUUGACCCUCUCAGUCUCAGUGUCAGAGUCUCAAUCUGUUUCACUAUUGCCUCAUGCUCAUGAAUCCUUCAAUUUCAGUUAUAUUCGGAUGAAGAACGAGGCAAGUUGUUCUUACUUGGUGGUUAUAUCUACUAGCUGUUCGUCUCCUAGGUAUACGAGGGAUCAAAUCAGUAUUUCUUUUGGUGAUGCUUAUGGGAAUCAGAUAAAUGCACCAAGACUAGAUGAUCCAUCUUCUGGUACAUUUGAGAGCUGUUCUUCCGAUACGUUUCAGAUAAAUGGUCCAUGUGCGUAUCAGAUAUGUUAUGUGUACCUCUAUAGAUCUGGCUCAGAUGGUUGGAAACCCGACACUGUGAAAAUCAAUGGUAAUAGUGGCAGUCCUGUUACUUUCUAUUACAAUACUUUCAUUCCCAGAGAUACAUGGUACGGGUUUAAUUCAUGCAACGAUGCUGCUUCUUCAUACAAAGUAACUGCGCAGAAAUUGCUAAUGUUAGUUAUUCUAGGAAUUGUUUUGAGUUUUUGGUUAUAAGUUUAUGUCCUUUUCAUCCCUUACAUAUCCUAUAGAUGUAGCCAUGAAAUAUGCAGUUAAGUAUUCUCUCCGGUCUUAAGUAUAAGUAAAAGUCAAAAUGUACUUCGUCCCUUACAUUUCUUUAUACUUGUAGCCAUGAAACUUUGUAGUCAAGUAUUGUAUGUGUAGAAGUAGUUGAGACAGGAGAUGUGGAAGACCCUUGGCCAAGUUGGUUAAUUAGUUAAUUAUUUGGCUUUGUAGUUUCUUUUCAAAUUCUUUGUUUUAUGAUGAGAUGAUGUAGUUUAAGGUUGGAGUUGCGAAUUGGACACCUUGA